CCUUUUGUUGAAGCAGAAGAAGUUUCUUUACCACUUCAAAAAUGUCCGCUGGGCUAAGGGUCGCCACGAGACGUACCUGUGCUAUGUAGUGAAGCGGCGGGACAGUGCCACCUCCUUUUCACUGGACUUCGGCCACCUUCGAAACAAGAAUGGCUGCCACGUGGAACUGCUCUUCCUGCGCUACAUCUCCCACUGGGAUCUGGACCCCGGCCGGUGCUAUCGGGUCACCUGGUUCACCUCCUGGAGCCCCUGCUAUGACUGUGCCCGUCACGUGGCCGACUUCCUCAGAGGGAACCCCAACCUCAGUCUGAGGAUCUUCACCGCGCGCCUCUACUUCUGCGAGGACCGCAAGGCUGAGCCUGAGGGGCUGCGGCGGCUGCACCGUGCAGGAGUCCAGCUGGCCAUCAUGACCUUCAAAGAAAAUCAUGAAAGGACUUUCAAGGCCUGGGAGGGCUUGCAUGAGAAUUCAGUCCGUCUGUCCAGGCAGCUUCGGCGCAUCCUCUUGCCUUUAUAUGAAGUCGACGACUUAAGAGAUGCAUUUCGUACUUUGGGACUUUGAUGGCAACCUCCUGCAAUGUCACC